ACCGUCGCCGCCACUGUUGUCAUCGUUUAUGGCCACUUCUUGCAUCCAACACGAAUUCCGAACCGCCGAACACUCGCCGGAAACUUCAUAUUCAUGGGAUGAGCUUCUAUACCAACACAAUGCCCACCCAUUCAACCAAUUCGACUCCGAAUACGCGCUAUUCCCGGAUACGCUGGCGGCUGUAGACUCAGCCGAAUUUCAAAUUUUAAAUUCGGCUGCCGAAAAAAAAGAGGCUGCCGAAAAACCAAAACAAUCAAAAUCUUACAGGGGAGUGAGAACGCGGCCGUGGGGGAAGUUCGCGGCCGAGAUAAGGGAUUCGACACGAAACGGGGUCCGGGUUUGGCUGGGGACGUUUGAUACCGCCGAGGCGGCCGCCAUGGCGUAUGAUCAAGCCGCAUUUUCCACGAGGGGCCCGCACGCGGUGUUGAAUUUUCCGGUUGAGAGAGUUAAGGAGUCAUUGAAGGAGAUGAAAAAUGGUUUAGAAGAAGGGUGUUCUCCUGUUAUGGCAUUGAAGAGGAAACACUCUUUGAGGAAAAGAAGAUCGGCCACCGGAAAGAAAAGGCCAGUGGCUGCCGCUGUAUCGGACCAAAGCGGCAGCAGCAGCUGCAGCGAGACUGUGGUGUUUGAGGAUUUGGGUGUUGAUUUUAUGGAAGAGCUACUGCUUCUUGGUGAAUUAUCAACGCUACUGCCUUGAAAUAGCAACAUUUUUUUUUUUCUUUUUCUAUGUUUCUUUUAGACUUCGGUUAAGGGUUUUUGUUUUUUUUUUAACCGUAAAAAAAUCGUUUUCUUCUGUAAGUUAUUAGAAAUCUUCUGUAAAUUAUUUGAUACAUAUGCCUU